CUUGCACUUUGUGCAGCUAAACUGGAAACUUUAAUCAAUGUUCUGGGAAUGGUAAAACUCAAGCAUGGAUUUCUUUAAAAAAAUGGUGCCUUCCGUCAUGUCAGGAGAUGUUGUUUUGGAUGUUGGAAGUACUAUUUGUGAAAGUUCUCCAAAGCUGCUGAAAAUGACACGUACCAACCUGCUCUCCUUAGGGCAGACUAUAGAAGGUGACAUUCAUCUUUUGCAUCCUAAUUACACAUCAGCACCAGCCAGAAGCGUUACUAAACGCAGAAUUUCUCCCAGCAUCAAUUCUACCUGGGAAAAGAGAAGCGUCAUCAUGUCUAAUAUAACCAUUGAUCCAGAUGUCAAACCUGGUGAAUAUGUCAUCAAGAGCCUCUUUGCUGAGUUCGCUAUUCAAGCUGAAAAGAAAAUUGAAGUUGUAAUGGCUGAACCUUUGGAAAAGCUCUUGUCCAGAUCUCUUCAGAGAGGUGAAGAUCUUCAGUUUGACCAGUUGAUAAGCUCUAUGAGCUCAGUAGCAGAGCACUGUCUCCCCUCCUUACUACGUACCUUGUUUGAUUGGUACAAACGCCAAAAUGGAACUGAAGAUGAAUCUUAUGAGUACAGACCUCGAUCCAGCACAAAAUCCAAGGGGGAUGAGCAGCAGCGUGAGAGGGAUUAUCUACUUGAAAGGAGAGACUUAGCUGUAGAUUUUAUUUUUUGUUUAGUUUUAGUUGAAGUUCUAAAACAGAUACCUGUUCAUCCAGUGCCUGACCCUUUAGUUCAUGAAGUUCUAAAUUUGGCUUUUAAGCACUUUAAACACAAGGAAGGGUAUUCAGGAACCAACACUGGGAAUGUGCAUAUUAUUGCAGAUUUAUACGCAGAAGUAAUAGGGGUUCUUGCGCAAUCAAAGUUUCAAGCUGUCAGAAAGAAGUUUGUCACAGAAUUAAAGGAACUGCGACAAAAGGAACAGAGUCCUCAUGUGGUACAAAGUAUCAUCAGCUUAAUUAUGGGGAUGAAGUUUUUCAGAGUAAAAAUGUAUCCUGUAGAAGAUUUUGAAGCAUCGUUUCAGUUCAUGCAGGAAUGUGCACAGUACUUCUUGGAAGUAAAAGACAAAGACAUUAAGCACUCACUGGCUGGUUUGUUUGUAGAAAUACUCAUUCCUGUUGCUGCUGCUGUUAAAAAUGAAGUGAAUGUGCCAUGUCUGAAAAACUUUGUGGAAAUGCUUUACCAGACUACCUUUGACCUGAGCUCAAGAAAGAAGCAUUCAUUGGCUUUGUAUCCACUGAUCACCUGUUUGUUGUGUGUCAGUCAGAAGCAGUUUUUUUUAAAUAAUUGGCAUAUCUUCCUGCAGAACUGUUUGUCCCAUUUAAAGAUGCCAUCUAACAACAGUAUCAGAAAACAAAUAGAAACUCUCCAGAAUAAAGAUCCCAAAAUGUCUCGAGUUGCACUGGAAUCGCUGUAUAGAUUAUUAUGGGUUUAUGUUAUUAGAAUAAAAUGUGAAAGCAACACUGUGACACAAAGCCGCCUCAUGAGCAUUGUAUCGGCACUUUUCCCAAAAGGCUCUCGCAGUGUGGUCCCUCGAGACACACCUCUGAACAUAUUUGUAAAAAUUAUUCAAUUCAUUGCUCAGGAACGCUUGGAUUUCGCAAUGAAAGAAAUCAUUUUUGAUCUUCUCAGUGUUGGGAAAUCACCUAAAACCUUCACUAUUAAUCCAGAGAGAAUGAAUAUAGGGCUCAGAGUCUUCCUUGUGAUAGCAGACAGUUUACAACAGAAGGACGGCGAACCACCUAUGCCAACUACGGGUGUUGUACUUCCCUCAGGAAACACCCUCCGGGUCAAGAAAAUUUUUCUCAAUAAAACUCUGACAGAUGAAGAAGCAAAAGUUAUAGGAAUGUCAAUAUACUAUCCUCAAGUAAGAAAAGCACUGGACAGUAUCCUUAGACAUCUAGACAAAGAAGUUGGAAGGCCAAUGUGCAUGACUAGUAUUCAGAUGUCUAAUAAGGAACCGGAAGACAUGAUCACUGGUGAGAGAAAACCGAAAAUUGAUUUAUUUAGAACUUGUAUUGCUGCUAUCCCAAGGCUAAUUCCAGAUGGCAUGAGCAGAACUGACCUUAUUGAACUGCUUGCAAGGUUGACAAUUCACAUGGAUGAGGAACUGCGUGCCCUGGCUUUCAAUACGUUGCAAGCAUUAAUGCUGGAUUUUCCAGAUUGGAGGGAAGAUGUUCUGUCAGGAUUUGUGUAUUUUAUUGUUCGUGAGGUCACUGAUGUUCAUCCAACACUUCUGGACAAUGCAGUCAAGAUGCUAGUGCAGCUAAUCAAUCAGUGGAAACAAGCAGUCCAAGUGCAAAAUAAGAACCAAGAAGCUCAGCGUGGUGUAGCCAAUGGAACAGCUCCUACACUUCCCUUGGAAAAGAGUCCUUAUUCAAGUGUAUUCCAUGUGGUAGAAGGAUUUGCAUUGGUCAUUCUCUGUAGCCCAAGAUCUGCCACUAGACGAUUAGCUGUCAGUUGUCUUAAAGAGAUAAGGGCCUUGUUCACAGUCCUUGACAUUUCUAAGGGUGAUGAAGAGUUGGCAAUAGAUGUAAUGGACAGACUGAGUUCAUCUAUUCUUGAAAGUUUCAUACAUCUCACUGGUGCUGAUCAGACUACGUUACUGUACUGUCCCAGUUCAAUAGAUUUACAAACAUUAGCUGACUGGAGCUCCUCUCCUAUCAGCCAUCAGUUUGAUGUUGUCAGUCCAUCACAUAUAUGGAUAUUUGCACAUGUAACUCAGGGUCAAGACCCUUGGAUUAUUAGCCUCUCCAGUUUUAUGAAACAGGAAUAUCUUCCAAAGCACUGCCCUACAGCCGUGAGCUAUGCCUGGAUGUUUGCUUAUACCAGACUCCAACUGUUGUCUCCACAGGUUGACAUAAACAGCCCUAUCAAUGCCAAGAAAGUAAAUACUGCUAUAAGCAGCGACUCCUAUAUUGGGCUCUGGAGAAAUUACCUGAUCCUUUGCUGCAGUGCAGCAACUUCUGCAUCCUCUUCUGCAUCUGCAGGUUCUGUUAGAUGCUCCCCUCCUGAGACGCUGGCGUCUACUCCAGAUAGUGGCUACAGCAUUGAUUCAAAAAUAAUUGGCGCUCCAUCCCCUUCAUCCUUGUUUAAGCACAUUGUUCCAAUGAUGCGCUCUGAAAGCAUGGAAAUUACAGAGUCCCUUGUGCUGGGCCUUGGCAGGACCAGCCCAGGUGCUUUUAGGGAAUUAAUAGAAGAGUUGCAUCCUAUAAUUAAAGAAGCACUUGAAAGAAGGCCAGAGAACAUGAAACGGCGCAGGCGUCGAGAUAUUUUACGUGUACAGCUUGUACGGAUAUUUGAACUGUUGGCAGAUGCUGGUGUCAUUAGUCACAGUGCAAGUGGUGGCCUUGAUAAUGAAACACAUUCCCUCAACAACACUUUAUUGGAGUAUGUGGAUCUAACAAGGCAACUCCUAGAAGCAGAAAAUGAAAAGGACUCUGACACACUGAAAGAUAUCCGAUGCCAUUUUAGUGCCUUAGUGGCAAAUAUCAUUCAGAAUGUUCCAGUUCACCAGAGAAGAAGUGUCUUUCCACAGCAGAGCCUCCGACACAGCCUCUUUAUGUUGUUCAGUCACUGGGCAGGACCUUUCAGCAUCAUGUUUACUCCUCUGGACAGAUAUAGUGAUAGAAACAUGCAAAUAAACAGACAUCAGUACUGUGCAUUAAAGGCUAUGUCUGCUGUACUUUGUUGUGGCCCUGUUGCAGAUAAUGUAGGUCUCUCAUCAGACGGCUAUUUGUAUAAAUGGCUGGAUAAUAUUUUGGAUUCGCAGGAUAAGAAGGUUCAUCAGCUUGGCUGUGAGGCAGUUAUGUUGCUGUUGGAACUCAACCCCGACCAGAGUAACCUCAUGUACUGGGCUGUAGAUCGCUGUUAUACAGGCUCUAAGCGGGUAGCAGCUGGAUGCUUUAAAGCCAUAGCCAGUGUAUUCCAAAACAGGGAUUACCAAUGUGACACAGUUACUCUUCUCAAUCUUAUAUUAUUUAAAGCGGCUGACUCUUCUAGGGCUAUCUACGAAGUUGCUAUGCAGCUCCUACAGAUUUUAGAGCCGAAGAUGUUUCGCUAUGCUCAUAAACUUGAGGUUCAAAGAACAGAUGGGAUACUGAGCCAGCCUUCGCCUUUGCCACAUUUGUACUCUGUGUCCUAUUAUCAACUUUCUGAAGAAUUAGCAAGGACAUACCCAGAAUUAACACUUGCAAUAUUUUCAGAGGUAAGCCAGAGAAUUCAAAUGGCACACCCCUCUGGAAGACAGGUGAUGCUCCACUAUCUGCUACCAUGGAUGAAUAAUAUUGAAUUGGUGGAUCUGAAACCUUUGCCCACAAUUCGGCGACAAGAUGAAGAUGAAGAGGAUUCCUUGAAAGAUAGAGAGCUGAUGGUGAACAGCAGGCGCUGGCUAAGAGGCGAAGGUUGGGGAUCACCACAGGCUUCUGCUUUGGUUUUAAACAACCUCAUGUAUAUGACAGCAAAGUAUGGUGAUGAAGUGGCAUGGUCAGAAAUCGAGAACGUCUGGAUUACUCUAGCAGACAGUUGGCCAAAGAAUUUGAAAAUAAUUCUGCAUUUUUUGAUCAGCAUUUGUGGAGUGAACAGUGAACCCAGCCUCUUGCCUUACGUGAAGAAAGUCAUUGUUUACCUGGGUAGAGAUAAAACCAUGCAGCUUUUGGAAGAGCUGGUGACUGAGUUGCAGCUUACUGAUCCAGUCAGUUCUGGAGUCACUCAUAUGGAUAAUCCACCAUAUUAUCGCAUCACUUCCAGUUACAAAAUCCCUUCUGUCACCUCAGGAACCACUUCCAGUAGCAAUACAAUGGUGGCGCCCACUGAUAGUAAUCCUGACAUUAAGCAUGCAAAAGAUAGCAUUGAUGAAAACUAUGUACAUCUAGAUAUCUACAGUGGACUAAACAGCAAUCUGAACCGCCAACACCACAGGCUAGAAUCUCGUUAUAGCAGCAGUUCUGGAGGAUCAUAUGAAGAAGAGAAAAGCGAUUCAAUGCCACUGUACUCAAACUGGCGGCUGAAAGUGAUGGAGCACAAUGAAGGGGAGCCUUUACCAUUUCCACCUUCAGGGGGCUGUUGGUCACCACUGGUAGAUUAUUUGCCUGAAACAAACUCCCCAGGCAUGUCUCUUCAUAGGUGUAACAUAGCAGUGAUUUUGUUGACUGACUUGAUAAUUGACCACAGUGUGAAGGUUGACUGGGGAACCUACCUGCACCUCUUGCUUCAUGCAGUUUUUAUAGGACUUGAUCACCACCAUCCUGAAGUAUACGAACACUGUAAACGCCUCCUGUUGCAUUUAUUGAUAGCGAUGGGCUCUAACAGUAAUGUCCAGUCUGUGGCUUCUGUCCUUCUCAGGAACAGGGAGUUUAAUGAACCCCGGGUGCUCACUGUCAAACAAACAGCACAUUUGGAUUACAUAUUCACAGGUGUUAAUGAUUUUAUACCGGAUCACCAGCCCUCUCCAAUGACAGACUCAGGGCUCAGUUCAAGUUCUACCUCUUCUAGCAUCAGUUUAGGAAAUACCAGUGCUGCCAUUUCUCAUAUGCAUAGCACCAUCCUCAGUGAAGUUGACAUUUCAGGAGAGCAAGAGGAGAAAAUGAAAUCACUUAUGGAGUUUAUUACUUCAAGGAAACGAGGACCACUUUGGAACCAUGAAGAUGUUUCAGCAAAGAAUCCAAGCAUAAAGAGCGCUGAGCAGUUAACUGUAUUCUUAAAGCAUGUUGUUUCUGCAUUUAAACAGUCAAGUUCAGUUGGAUUUCAGUUAGAGCACCAUCUCAGCGAAGUUGCUCUGCAAACUGCACUUUCUUGCUCCUCUCGGCAUUAUGCUGGAAGAUCCUUUCAGAUUUUCAGAGCACUGAAGCAACCUCUUUCUGCAGCCACACUUUCUGACAUUCUAUCUAGGCUUGUAGAAACUGUUGGAGAUGCAGGAGAAGAAGCUCAGGGUUUUGUCAUAGAACUACUUCUCACCUUGGAGUCAGCUGUUGAUACACUAGCAGACACCAUGAAGCAUUAUGAUCUUCUCGCUGCGCUUUCCCACGCUUCAUAUUACGAUCCACUAUUGGGAAACAAAUACGCAGCAAACAGGAAAAGCACUGGUCAGAUAAACCUAAGCACAAGUCCCAUUAGCAGUGGCAACUUUUUAGGCUAUUAUAGUAACAUGAGAAGCAACUCUUUGAGACUGAGUUUAAUAGUUGAUCGGAAGAGCGAUCGUCGCAGGAGCAACACACUGGAUAUAAUGGAUGGAAGGAUAAAUCAUCCCAACAGCUUGGCAAGGACUAGAAGCCUUUCCUCCCUGAGAGAGGGAGGAAUGCACGAUGUGCAGCCCACUACUGAUCCGAUGAACCUGAUGGCUACCAUAUUUUGGAUUGCCGCGUCUUUGCUAGAAUCAGAUUAUGAAUAUGAAUACCUCCUGGCUCUCAGGCUGCUCAACAAACUUCUUGUUCACUUGCCUCUGGAUAAAUCUGAGAGUAGAGAAAAGAUCGAGAAGAUGCAGAGUAAAUUAAAAUGGAAUAACUUUCCAGGCCUUCAGCAGCUGUUCCUGAAAGGUUUUACCUCCGUUUCUACGCAGGAAAUGACUGUUCACUUGCUCAGCAAACUUAUCACAGUCUCCAAACAUACGUUGGUGGAUCCCUCCCAGUUAGCAGGAUUUCCUCUUAACAUCUUGUGUUUAUUGCCUCAUCUAAUCCAACAUUUUGAUAACCCAACUCAGUUCUGUAAAGAAACAGCCGACAGAAUAGCCAAGGUUUGUGCAGAGGAGAAGUCCCCAACGCUUGCUAAUUUGGCUCAUAUGAUGAGUUUAUACAGUACACACAGUUAUUCCAGAGACUGUUCUAACUGGAUUAAUGUCGUGUGCAGAUACUUGCAUGACUCCUUCUCAGAAACUACUUUUAAUCUUAUAACAUACCUUGCGGAGCUGCUAGAGAAAGGUCUAUCCAGCAUGCAGCAAUCUUUACUGCAAAUCAUUUACAGCCUUUUGAGUCACAUUGACCUGUCUGCAGCACCAGUGAAGCAGUUCAAUUUGGAAAUUAUAAAAAUCAUUGGUAAAUAUGUUCAGAGUCCAUACUGGAAGGAAGCCCUUAAUAUUUUGAAACUGGUGGUAUCUCGAUCGGCAAGUCUUGUGGUACCUAAUGAUAUUCCAAAGUCUUACGGUGGCGACAUAAGCUCUCCUGAAAUCUCAUUUACAAAAAUAUUUAACAAUGUCUCCAAAGAACUACCAGGGAAAACGUUAGAUUUUCAUUUUGACAUUUCAGAGACACCAAUUAUUGGGAACAAGUAUGGCGAUCAGCACAGUGCAGCUGGCAGAAAUGGAAAGCCUAAAGUCAUUGCUGUUACAAGGAGCACUUCUUCAACUUCCUCAGGAUCAAAUUCUAAUGGCUUGGUACCUGUCAGCUGGAAGAGGCCACAGUUGUCCCAGCGGAGAACCAGGGAGAAGCUAAUGAAUGUACUUUCUCUGUGUGGUCCAGAAUCGGGUCUUCCCAAAAAUCCAUCUGUUGUCUUUUCUUCUAAUGAAGACUUGGAAGUUGGGGACCAACAAACUAGUCUUAUUUCAGCAACCGAAGAAGUAAUUCAGGAAGAGGAAGUGGCUGUAGAAGAUAAUACCAGUGAACAGCAGUUUGGAGUUUUUAAAGACUUUGACUUUCUAGAUGUUGAACUGGAAGAUGCAGAGGGUGAAAGUAUGGACAACUUCAACUGGGGAGUCCGCAGGCGUUCCCUGGAUAGUAUUGACAAGGGAGACACACCAUCACUCCAAGAAUAUCAGUAUUCUGGUAGUACCCCGAGCUUGAACUUGACCAAUCAGGAAGAUACUGAUGAAUCUUCAGAGGAAGAAGCCCUGACCGCAAGUCAGAUAUUAUCACGAUCACAGAUGGUAAACAGUGACUCAGCUGCUGAUGACACAGCACUAGAUAAUUCUGGGUCGCUGCUACAGUCUCAAGAUUCCACUAGCAGUGUUGGAACGGAAGAAGUGCUUCAAAUCAGAUCCGAGACCCCAAGUUUGGAGGUUUCCCCUCUAGAUAAUGUUAGCAACCAGCUGCCUGAGGAUGGCAGUUCACCAAUAAAGGAUGAACAAGUUAGUACAGCUAGUGAAGAUACCGGGUCAUUUGCAUUGCAAGAGCAGCAAGAGUCCUUGAUCUGUCAAGAACCCCUGGAACUAGAAGAAACUCCUGAAAUUCCAGAGCACCCCACUGCUGAUAGUUAUACUGAAUCAAUCUGUGAAGAUGAUGUUACCCUGGCCUUGAAAGAGUUAGAUGAAAGAUGUGAAGAAGAAGAAGCUGACUUCUCUGGUUUGUCUAGUCAAGAUGAAGAACAGGAUGGUUUUCCAGAAGUCCAGACAUCUCCACCACCUUCCCCAUUUAUUUCUGCCAUAUUGGCAGCUUUUCAGCCACAGGCAUAUGAUGAUGAAGAGGAAGCUUGGCGCUGCCACGUUAAUCAGAUGCUCUCGGACACUGAUGGAUCUUCUGCUGUCUAUACAUUUCAUGUGUUCUCUAGGUUGUUUCAGAACAUUCAAAGGAAGUUUGGGGCUAUAACACAUGAAUCCAUCAGUUUUCUUGGGGAGAAUCUACAGCGAAUUGGAACAAAAUUCAAAAGUUCACUGGACGUUAUGAUGAUGUGUUCUGAAUGCCCAACAGUUUUUGUGGAUGCAGAGACGCUGAUGUCCUAUGGCUUAUUGGAAACCUUGAAAUUCAGUGUGCUCGAGCUUCAAGAACACCUGGAUACGUACAAUGCUAAAAGAGAGGCAGCAGAGCAGUGGCUGAAAGAUUGCAAGAGGACAUUUGGUACAGAUGAUGGUAUUCAUGGAACCACUACAGAUGCUCAGCAUUUGGAAAUUCUAGCAGAGUUGGAGUUGUGCCGGAGGCUAUAUAAGUUGCAUUUCCAGUUGUUGCUUCUCUUCCAAGCAUAUUGUAAACUUAUCAGCCAAGUGGAUGUAGUUAAAAAAGAGGCAGAGGUAAUAAACAUGUCAGAGGAGCUUGCACAGCUAGAAGCCUUUCUGAAGGAAGCAGAGUCUGCUUCUGACAGUGGUAUUGAAGAAAUGGAAAUUCCAGAAGCUUCCCAAGCCAACACUGAGACUGCCAUUCAUUCUCUCAUUGAAACUUUGAAGAAUAAAGAGUUUAUGUCUGCUAUAGUACAGGUCAAAGCUUUCAGAUGUAUUUGGCCCAAUGACAUAUUUGGCAGUUCUGAAGAUGAUCCAGUACAAACAUUGUUGCAGAUAUAUUUCCGUCAUCAGACCCUGGGCCAGACUGGCAGUUUUGCAGUAGUUGGCUCAAAACAAGAUAUGUCAGAAGCCAGCUCAAAACUAAUGGAACUAAAUUUAGAGAUCCGGGAGUCACUGCGCAUGGUGCAGUCUUAUCAGCUUCUGGCAAAACAUACAGCAAUGGGAAGUUUGAGCACUGGAUUUUAAAAACUACUGUCCCACAGAGAAGAACUGAAAUGGUCUCAAUAUUAUCAAGCACCUUUUCAUAUCUGUUGAAACUUGCUGUUUGCGACAGAAACCAUACCUGUGAUGACCAGUGAAGUACUGGGAGCAAGCUAUGUUAUUCAGAAAUGAAGGUUUUUGAAGCCUCAUAGCCAUCACCUUAACUUUUUCUUAAACAGUAGCUGUGUAUGGACAGUAUGAACACUUUUUGAAAAUAACUAUAUACAAACUGCAUUAGAAGAAAAGGGCUAAAAACAAUGCCUACAAAUGCAUUAUUAUCUUCAAAAACAGAAAUGUAAGACUUGUUGCAAUAAUGGCCUCUUGAUACUGAGACAAUUAAAAGCAGGUAAAUGAGGCUAAAAAUCAAGGCUGGUUAUUUUGGCUGAAGACCUGCGAGGCUUCUUCGCUUUCAAGCAGCAAAUAAAUCAUCAGGUGAUGCCAAAUUAAUACACUUGGCAAUGUCAUGAGGAAUGUGCUGUCAUACUGGAGCUGGAAAGACUGCAGACUCCAUUGGUUUAUCAAUGUUGUAUUUACUCUACCUUCGUCUAUAAUGGUGAAUUAUGUGUGAAAGUAGGAAUGAAUGGAUAUCUGACAAUUGCAUUUUGAAGGUAUGGAUGUUUGAUAUGGUCUGAGCAUGCCUAAAAAAGCACUGCAAGAUUAUUUUUGGAAGAAAAAAAAUAUUUUAUUAGAUUUAACUCCUUAGUCUGUAAAUGUUAUGGCAUUUAAUAAUAUUUUAAACUGGAAUUAUCCAGUUUUCAAAAAGAAAUAAUAUAUCUAACUCGUUUGGAAUGCUGCUCAGUUCUCUGAUCAGCGCUUAUUACAAAUAUUGAUAACGACUAACCAAAAAGUAGCUGCCUGCAGAGACUUUAAACUGUAUAUUAAAAGAUAUAUGUUGCUCCUCAGCAACUCAUUAGAAAAGUUAACUUAUUUUAUUCUGUACAUACUCUAGAAAUUGUAUAGUGUAAAAUCCAGUAUUUUUCUUGUACAAUUGUGCAAUGCACUGUUACAUGAGAAUAGUGUAUAAAGCUGGGGGGAGGGGGGGAGAAUAGUGGCUGUUAAUGGAAUACAUGAUCUACAUCUGUGUAUUCUAGAGUUCAAGAAAAGGUGUAAACUUGCUUGUAUUUUCAUGAUAACGCUUAGGAAUUUGGGACUGUAGAAGGGAGAGACCACUGACUACCAAAACCUACAAUAUACUUUAGAAUUCCUUGUUAAAAUCUUGUAGCACAAAAUAAACUGGAUUCUAUUGGAACCAAAACUUUUUUAGAAGCAAAAAAGUAUGAAUGUCUCAUGAUUCCUGAAGGAACAAAUGCCCUGUAUUUUAUGCAUCUCUCCUACCCACUGUGAUUGAUGUUAAAGCAAAAAAAUUGGGCUCUGAAAUGUCAGGGUGUAGAAUGUAGACAUGAAAUCUCUUAGCAUGGCCUUUUUUCCACUGGGGAAAUGGAGUAGACAUGUAAUUAUGCUGAAAUACAUUAAAUUAAGGCACUGUGCAUACCAUUGGACUGCUGACACAAGUUCUGUUACUUUUCAAAAUCCGCACAUUCAUAAUCACUAUUAUUUUUUUACCCUGAUAUAAUUUAAUUAUUUUGAAGGCUCUGUGGUACUGUAGAUUAUGUUCCUAAUUAUUUAAUACACUUUUAAAAGGGGUGUGUGUAGUUUUUAGUGGUGUAUUAUACUUUUUACAUCUUCUAUUGGCCUUUUUGUGUUUCUUUUUGCUUUGGGGAGGGUUGGUAAAAUAAAAUCUCAUAUCUGCUA